AUGUCGAAAAGAGGUGGAAAAUUCAACAACUUCAAAGCCAAAGUGGCCAGGAAAAGAGCUGGCAAAGAUGAAGCAGCGGGAGGAGUGAUGGAAUACAUUACCGUCCAAAGAUUGGCCUCGCAUGUCGAGGGGAGGUAUCAGAAGUAUGUGAGAAUUGGAGCCUUAACUAUGGUCCCCCUCGCCUGUGAAACAACACUUUCCAACAUAAAGGAGGCAUGUAAGCGCUAUUUCAAAUGUGAAGAUAUGGAUUGUGAUAUUGUUGCUGGCGAGAGAGGCCCCUCUUGGACCGAGACCUGCCAGAUAUCCAACUUUAAAACAAUACGUGUCCGUUUCAUCGAGUAUUCAAGUUCACGUUUGGCCCACUUGUAUGGACUGCCAAAGACACAUAAAGAGCAACUCGCCGUGCGCCCUAUAUUGUCUGCAACGUCCACGUAUAAUUACGCCCUAGCUAAAUGGCUAGAAGAGAAGUUAAAACCUCUAUCUUACAACAAAUAUAGCAUCUUGGAUGUAUUUAAGUUUGCAGAGGAAAUUCGUACUGAAGUAAUCAACGAAGCUGAUAUCCUAGUCUCUUACGACGUUACUUCUCUCUUCACCAACGUCCCCCUAGACGAAACGAUAGGAAUACUGGUUGAAAAGGCCUUUAAUAACAAUUGGUUUAAUUCUGAAUAUAACCUUGACAUCAGCCGACAAGAUCUUACAGUCCUACUUAACAUCGCUACAAAAGAUCAACUUUUCCAGUUUGAAGGAACGCUCUUUGAGCAGUUCGACGGUGUUGCCAUGGGAUCUCCCCUGGGACCACUUAUGGCCAAUGUUUUUAUGUGCUCCAUUGAGGAACAAUUAGAACACAAUGGAAAAAUGCCACCACUCUACCGGCGAUACGUCGAUGACACAUUAACAGUGAUGCCUGGUAUCAACGCCGCUUCAGCAUUUUUAAACGUUCUAAAUGAAAUUCACCCAUCGAUAAGUUUCACAAUGGAGAUCGAGAAAGACGGCAUGCUGCCCUUUAUUGGUAUACAACUCAUCAAUAACUCUAGAUCAAUUGAUACGAAAGUGUUCAUAAAACCAACAAACAAAGGACUACUCCUACAUUAUAACAGCCACGUGGAUGUCCGGUACAAACAUUGUUUAUUACAAACUAUGCUUGAACGAGCCUAUCAACUGUCAUCCUCUUGGGAGUUCUUUACUGAGGAAUGCACUCGGCUGGAAAAGGUGUUUACUAAACUUCGCUAUCCGACUAAUGAUAUUAAUCGUAUUAUCAAUCGAUUCGUAUUGGAUAAGACCGCGUCUACAAAACUGCCAACACUCGACUCAACGACGAUGGUGAUUGCGCGUGUUCCAUUGCCCUUUAAAGACCAGAAAUCUGCGGACUCUGUUAAGCGACAGCUAAAAGAACUUGGUUCUAAAAUCCGAAUAAAUUUCCAACCUGUUUUUGUAAGCAAAAAACUUGAAGACGAAAUCAAGAUCACGGAAAAGAAACCCUCACUAGUAAAUCAACAACGUGUUGUUUAUCAAUUUAAAUGUAGUUUUUGUGAUGAAAACUAUGUGGGAUUUACGAUGAGGCAUCUACAUGAGCGUUGCGACGAACAUAAACUUAAUUCCUCGAGUAUUAAGAAACACUUCAUAAAUAAACACGACUGUUUACCUGACAAUUUCAACGAUCAGUUUAAAGUAUUAAGGAAAUGUAAGACCAAAUAUGACUGUUUAGUUUAUGAAAUGUUAUACAUUAGAGAUUUGUCACCUUCUCUAAACAUUCAAGGCGACUCAAUUAGAGCGAAGUUAUUCACAUGAUUAGCUUUUUGACAUCUAAUAUGCUAAUAAGCUACCCUAUAUAAACACUUGUACUUUAGAUUAUAUAUUACACUUGAUAAUGGAGUCAUGACGACCCCGAAACGUCGUGGUAAUACAAAUUUGAAACUCAUUCGUUUCUUGUCUUUCUCAUUUAC